UCUAAACGAUGUCUUCGACACCAACAGCUGUGUUUGGACCACUGAUCUCUAUCCAAGUGAAAACAAUGUUGGAUUGCAAGGAUAUACUUUUAUAGUUCUCUUGAAACAGUGUGAAUCUUUAAUAAGAUAAAUGCGUCAAAACUUGGGGAGGGGUGAAAAUUGAGCGAAACUUCCGUCGAUACGAAACCGAGAUUUCAAAAAAGCAUUUGCUGCAACCUCAAACUUUUUGCGCAGAUAUCGAAGUAAUCGCUGAUCGUUCCAGGUAUCCAGCGGACUGCUGAACAAGUUUGUAUGCGUAAACGGCACCAAAUUUUGCUGCAGUAAUAUGAGCAUGGAGCGUCAACAUCUACAGACAGACGGAAGUUAUUAAUAGAAGCCGCGGCUCCGGCUGAUGUAGUCGGCUUGCCCCCCGUGCCAGAGUGUGCUGGACUAAGUCUUGCGGCAGAGGGGUAAGAGAGAAGGGCCUCUUUGGGGAGUCACUUGACACAGUCUGUGGAUGUUAGGGACCAUGGCGGCCACGGCUGACGGGGCAAAGAAGCGCCUGAUCACGGGCUGGCUGGACCAUGUGAUCGACGGCAAAAUAGCAACGAGAUGGGCAGUUCUUGAACAGUCAGCAGACCGUGAGUCUGUCACACUGCGGCUCUUCCGGAGUGAGAAAGAGGCUUGCGAGAAGCAGGCCUACACCUUGGGCCGGGAGAACUUCAUCGGCACAGAGCGGGGCUCGGUCAAGCAGUACAACAAGAAGACGCCAGCCCUCUACUGGGCCAUCAUCACAGUCCACGACCAGACCCUGCUCUUCCAAGACAGCCAUAACAGCAACAAGACCGUCUCUACCUUUGAGAAGUGGGACAAAAUACUCAAGGAUUUCUGGAAUCAUCAGAGCUGGAUGGUCACGCCCUUGAAGGGUCCCAACAGCUUUGUCAAGGAGCGCGGACUGACGCUCCAUCUCAACAGGGCCAGCGUUUGCUUUGCCUACCUCAACCCACCUAGGCAUUACUGCCGAUUGUACCUGGACACCAUAGAACAGGUGUUUUACGACGGCACCAGGCUCUGCUUCAAUGUGACAAAAGACACCAGCAAUGGAGACUACUAUGAGGUUAAAACAGAAAGGGAACGCUUUGCAUGCAGGAUCAAAGAAGGCAUUGAGAAUCUCCGUACUCAGUGUCUUGGCAUAGUAUCCUCAAACCCCAUCAAAACUGUCUCUCCUCAGGAGCGGCCAGCCUCCAUCUCUCCAAUCGACAACACGACAGGAGAGAACAUCCACAUGGACAUCAACUCCUUGAUGAACAAGAACCAGAUAAACUGCCAGCUCAAGUCCCCAGUGGCCGGCAGCUGUCCCAUAGCACUGGGUAAAGCCACGGACUCAAAAGGGAUGACCGUCCCAAUGAUCAAGAUCAUACCGGUGGGUGUGGUUGCAGAAGACAGCAAGCCAGAGACGGGGCGAGGCCAGAAUGCACUCCCCGUCAUCCCCCCUAGGACUACAUCGUGCGCCAACAGCACAGGGCCGGCUGUCCGAUCAGAUGCCAGCUGGACGGACUGUGCAGUUAGCAGCAGUAAACUGCAGAAGGGCAUAUCUGCCUCAACGGGCAAACUCCAUGUGCUUGAAGGGGAUCAUGCCUGGGAGGACCCCUCUGUUGCGGAAAAGGGACCACCUGUUCCAACUCCCCGGAGGAAAGUCCCCGAAAACGGAGUGCGUGUCACCUCGGCAGUGCAGCUCCCCCUGCCCAAGCCGCCGGUACCGACGUCGCCUACCACCAACGACAAGCCCGGCUGGCCCAGGCAGGACGACUUUGACUCCAUUGGCGACUCCAUGUCGAGCAUCGCCAGCAGCGAGCUCAUUUCCAUGGACAUCACUCAGAGUUCCUCCUCACUUUCCUCAGAUGAGGAGCGGGGCCGGAGCUCCUCUACUGAGUCCCGGAAGAAGAGCCCGAUCCGAACAAGUGUCAUAUCACUCAAUGGCUGCUCAAGCACUCAGGCCAAAGUACCUGGCUACAGCCGCUCGUUCUCGGUGCCCACGGAACUCCCGCACAAUCACCACUUUGUUGACACAGGCAGAAUAGACCCAGACUACAAAUCAAUGGAACAGGAGUAUAUUAAUGUGUCCAAGGAUAGCUUGACCAGCCCGAAAGUCAUUGAUGAUGACGAUGACGAUGGAGAAAAUUUGUACCUUAACGUUGCCCAUGACAAAAGUAUCUACGUCAAUCCCUCACUGAAUCCUUCGGUCAACCCCAUACCUAUUCCCCCUCGUCACCCACAGCCUCCUUCAACAUCCAGAACCAGCAGACCAGAGUACAGUUCUCCCAAAAGCUGUGAUUCCAUGGAGUUGCAUGAGCUCUUAGAUGCUAUGCUUCAGGGAGAUGAGCAGGGAAGUACCAUGGGUCUCCCCCUGAGCGUCUGGCUCAAGUUCUGCCUCAACUGCGACAUGGAUCGUAGCAACUACGGUGCCAACAAUUGGAAAGGGCUGGCCGAACAGCUAGGUCUCUCCAGCUCAGACAUCAUCCUGAUUGAUGACUACAGCCGCCGAUACAGCAAGAAGCCCACGCAGGUCAUCCUGUCUUACUGGGAACGGCAAGCCAACCCACUGCGGCCCUUCAACAAGACGGAGCUCAUCUCCAUGCUGCACGAGCUGGAACGACAAGACCUCCUGGACAUUGUCAUCCAACGGGAGAAGUACACAGGCACCAAAUAAAGAGGCCAUUGAACAUUGCCUGCUCAUCCAGAGUUCUACUUGAGUGCCUCACUAGUACUUGACUUUUUUUCAUAAAUCAGCAACCACAGGUGUUGUUUUGCCAAAACCAUCAGAAGACCGUUCAGAAGGCCAAACAGGCCAAGUAGCAAAGGAAUGCAUUUGUUACAUUUUGUGUGCAUAGUGGGUGGCUUGAGUUCAGGCUCGAGUUCCUGUUGGUCUGGUUCGAUCUUGUGAUGUGUUAAAAGGUCAUAUCUUUGAGUGCUGCCACAAGUACUUUCAUUACCAAUGGUGGAUGAACACUAACAGAUUGGCCAUGUUACAUUACUUGUCUGAAAAUUCUGUGUGCCACAUUUAGACUGGGGAAUAUAUCACCACCUGCAAAGCCUUAUGAUUAUCUGUGAAGCAAAAGUGACUGUACAUGUAUAUGAAGUACUUAGUAAAUGCAACACUCCAUAUUGCACUGUGUUCACCAGGAGAUGGGUUGUACCUUUGGAUGUCAAUUUUAACAAAGAGCAUUUGCCCUUCACUUAUGUUACUUUUAUGAUUAUUACUUACUCAGUGCUGUUUGAGAUCUUGUGCCAAAAGAAAUUCACAAGUUUAUAUUUUGAGUUGAACCCAAGACCUCUUGAUCAGCCACGGAGCUUGCAAGAGAGAAGAGUAGAACUUCUGGGUUGUCUGCUUGCCAAUGCACAUGUACAUGUACCAUGUGAUUGCUUAGUGGUGGUGGUGGUUAUGGCUGGUGGGUUUGGCCCAAUCUGUUUCUGCUCAUUACUUCUGGAUUGACUUGAUAUUAGGCUCCAGAGCAAAAGGGAAAUUACUGAAAUAAAAAUGUUAAUAUUUGUACAGUAGAAAACACUCAGAAUUGUGGUCUUCCUUUGAGGAUGUAAAUGCAGUUGUCUUGAGGCUCUCCACUCUGAAGAUUGAAUCCAUCAAGUCAAACUGAAGCUGGGAAGCCACAGCUGGAGACAAGGCCGAAGUUUGGAAAAUACCCUCACGACUAUAAAGAUCUUGUCUAUCUAUUAAAGAUUUUAAAGUCUGUCACAUUUGCUUCAAACUGUUACUAUACAAAAUGUACAAAUGUGCUUUGUGUAACAAAUAUCAAAUCUUUUAUAAAAUAGCUAGAGAUAGAUUUAUAUAUCUUUGUACAGACUAAAGCAUUUUUAUAUUUGUAUUCAAGUCGAGAGAUUGAUUUUGUAAUUGAAUUUCAUACUUGAGUUUAUUUUUCUAAUUUAAUAGGUUUUGGUACAUAUCAACUGCUGAUAUUUUUUGUUUUAGUAAAAUGAAAUUGCAAACUUGGCAAUGGUAUUAUUCACAAUCAA